CAAUAACUGACCUGAGAACUUUUGAGAAAAGUAAUCAGUACUCUAACAAGCAAUCUCACUCAAUUGACAGUAGUCAAAUACACACUGCAGACAUGGAAUCAGUUACUUCAAACUCAUAUAUAUAUAUUGUCUUUAGUCUCCCGCACAUAGGAUUCUCUUUACAUUUGUCACUCGCAUUGAUUAUCAUAGUAUUUCAGUUAUUUCUUAGUUUUAUUUCAUUUAGAUAUUAUGUAUGGCAGUACAGACGACAGCUCACAAGUCGAUGAUAGCGACGUUGGUUGCACAUCAUUUAAUUUGUUGGAUAAAAUAACAUAUGCUGGUUACAUCAAAACUGUUUCAAUCAACUUUUAUACGGCACCGACACCUAACACUCCACCAUCACUUUAUUUAUACAUUAUUUCAGCGACAGCAAGCUCAAAUAUGUUCACUGUUAAUCAGCAAUAUAUAAUACCACCACAAAGUGUAACAAAUCAAACUGGCAUACCACAAACCUUUCAAAUCCCAAUGUAUCAAAUUAACGUUACAGCUAAUCAGUUUCUAGCAGUGGGGUUUGGGGGAGGUGCUGGAAGUCCAUAUCGUGUUUUCAAUCGAAUGGAAUAUUACCUACGCGCCACUGACCUUUCUUCCCUUAGAAAUCAGAGCUCCCAAUGGUUGGCAGCAGCUGGUGAUGGUAUUGCCGUAUCGUUCAUUGUGACGCCAUCAGCCAUAAUAACAACAACAACAGCCACAAGAGCAGAUAUUAUGUAUGGCAGUACAGACAACAGCUCACAAGUCAAUGAUAACGACGUUGGUUGCACAUCAUUUAAUUUGUUGGAUAAAAUAACAUAUGCUGGUUACAUCAAAACCGUUUCAAUCAACUUUUAUACGGCACCGACACCUAACACUCCACCAUCACUUUAUUUAUACAUUAUUUCAGCGACAGCAAGCUCAAAUAUGUUCACUGUUAAUCAGCAAUAUAUAAUACCACCACAAAGUGUAACAAAUCAAACUGGCAUACCACAAACCUUUCAAAUCCCAAUGUAUCAAAUUAACGUUACAGCUAAUCAGUUUCUAGCAGUAGGGUUUGGGGGAGGUGCUGGAAGUCCAUAUCGUGUUUUCAAUCGAAUGGAAUAUCAGCUAUUGACUGCUAAUCUAUCUCCCUAUAUAAGUAGGACCUUUCAAUGGUCGGCAGCAGCUGGUAAUGGUAUUGCCGUAUCAUUCAUUGUGACGCCAUCAGACAAAAUAACAAUAACAGCAACAGCAACAACAGUAACAACAACAACAGCACCAACAAUGGCAACAACAACAGCACCAACAACAGCAACAACAAUAACAACAACAACAGCACCAAGAAUGGUAACAACACCAGCAACAACAGCACCAACAAUGACAACAACAACAGCACCAAGAAUGGUAACAACACCAGCAACAACAGCACCGACAAUGACAACAACAACAGCCACAGCAGCAGGUUUUGUAUCUAUGUUAUAUAGUCGUAACACUCCUAUUUUGAUAAAGGAAGGAAGCGCCCGGAAAGUCUCCUCGAUGCGAGCGACGAUGAGCACAAUAGGUGAGCCUGCUCAUAAGAGAUCUUUAGUGUGCAGUAGAGCUCGAAUCGUUUGA